AUGGCACAACAAGACACGGCCGCUCCUACUCUGGAGUCUGAAGAAACUUCGGUCAAUGCCCAGGAUGCGACCAUUGAAGAGAACCCGCCAAAGUGGGAGAAGGGGCCGAGGUUCUGGGCUAUCAUGAUUGUCCUCUCUCUCAUCAGUCUCCUCACGUCCCUGGAAGCUACAGUCACAUCGACGAUCAUGCCAUCGGUUGUUGCCGAUCUGGGUGGGGGCGCAGACUUCAUCUGGGUUUCUAACGCAUACUUCUUGACCAUGUAA